AUGUUUUCAAGUAACUCUAAAUAUUCUUGUUCGUUUGUCAUCAAUAAAAUAUUCCUUAAACGAAUUGAAAAAACGGUUACAAGUCUCAUAUUGAAUAAAACAAUGGCAGAAUUGGCAACAGAUGAAAUUCAAACUGGAAUAUUAGCACUUGUAUCUAAUUUAACUAAAUGUAAACAAUUAAUGCGAAAUAUAGAUGAUGAAUUAGCAUUUAAUUUAAUUGCAUAUGGUGAAAAGUUUAUAUACAAAUUAAAUAUUACGAAUAAACCAACAUAUAAAGAUAAAUUAUAUGAAUCAAUGAAACAUGUUUUAUGGCCCAUAUUUUCUGAUGCUAAUAGUACAGUGCUUAAUUUAUUUGUUAAAUAUAUUACAAGUGCGACUUGGAUAAGAUUCAUCAAUGAAACAUUUGAUACUGUAUUUGCAACAUUGUGGUCAUUAAUGGUUGAAGAUUUAUAUUCACAAGGAAGUGGAAAUGGCGGAAGAGGAUCAGAAAAACCGCCAGAAUAUUGGGGAAAUGUUUUGUGUGCUAUUACACUAUGUGGAUUACAGGUCAUAUUAGUAUUUUUAUUGAAUCAAUAUUGCAUAACACAUUCAAUCAAUUCAGAUGCGCUUCAACUUGAUUUACAAAAUACAGUUAUUUUAUUUGCUUCUUACAUCAACUAUCAGACCGAGAAUAAUAAUGAACUUGCUAUCAAGACAAACGUUUGA